AGGACCUGGUGGUGGUGUGUCUUGAAGGAGUGAGUCCGUCGUGGUGUCUAUCCGCUCCACAGCUCCAACUCCGCGGGACUUGAGCUCAGAUCCUCACUUUUCUCUUGGCAUCCAACAGCGGAACGUCCCGCAUCACCUGAGCAUCAUCUGAACAGCCUACAACUGAAGAUCCAACUGAAUCACCUAAUGCUCUACAUCCCAACAGCCCACGUGAUCCGAAGCUGCAACAGGAUCUGAACGCUGCACACCGUCCCAGCUCGACUUCCGAACAGCCCGCAUCGUCGGAACCCCGCGCCAGUGUGAGUCAGGAGGAUGGAGGUUGUUCGCGGAGGACCUCCCACCGGGGCUCUCGGCAGUUAGAGCUCUCAGGGUCUGAUCCUGGAUCUGCCCUCGGAUCGCUUCUCUUCGGCGGCUCGGGCGCCGGUUCCCGCCUCGAGCUUGCGGUGUUGCAUGGUGCCGUGUGCUGCUGCGUGGGGUUGUGUGCUAUAUGGAGUUGUGUGGUGGAAGGAGCGGAGCCAUGGACUCGGAGCUCUCGGUUUGCGAGGCCAGGAGCAGAGCCGGCAUACUCAGGAAGAAAGCUGUCCUGCUCAGGAAGGGCUGCAGCUUCGAAAUAACGAGCUCUGCCUCCGAGGACCUGGGCUGCAGGCGAGGGGAGUUCAGCCGGAAGCACUACGGCUCCGUGGAGCUGCUGAUUUCCAGUGACGCUGAUGGAGCCAUUCAACGAGCAGGUCGCUUCCGGGUGGAGAACGGGUCAUCUGAUGAGAAUACAAAUUACGCCCCAAGAACAUGGAGGAGGACAGAUGUACACCUUGAAAACCCAGAGUACCACACCAGGUGGUUCUUCAAAUACUUCUUGGGAAAAGUCCAUCAGAACUAUGUGGGUACUGAUAGUGAGAAGAACCCCUUCUACCUGUCCGUGGUUUUAUCUGACCAGAACAGCCAGCGGGUACCUCAGUACCGGGCCAUUUUAUGGAGGAAAACUGGAACCCUGAAGAUCAGUCUGCCGUACAGCCCCACUAAAACGUUAUCUGCAAAAUCCAUUCUAAGUGCCAUGAAUUUUGACAAGUUUGAAAAGGGCCCCAGGGAAAUAUUGAACCCAGACAUUCAGAAGGACCUUCUGGUGCUGGAGGAGCAGGAGGGAUCUGUCAACUUCAAGUUUGGUGUUCUUUAUGCCAUGGAUGGACAGCUCACAGAUGAUGAGAUGUUCAGUAAUGAAAAGGGAAGUGAAAAUUUUGAGAAGUUUCUGAACCUGCUGGGAGACAAAAUCACACUGCAAGGCUGGACAGGGUACAGAGGUGGCCUAGACACCAAAAAUGACACUACUGGACUUGAGUCCAUAUACACCGUGUAUCAGGGCCAUGAGCUCAUGUUCCAUGUGUCAACCAUGUUGCCGUACUCCAAGGAGAACAAGCAACAGGUGGAGAGGAAGAGGCACAUUGGAAAUGACAUUGUGACCAUAGUGUUCCAAGAGGGGGACGAUGCUUCCUCAUCAUUCAAACCCUCAAUGAUCCGCUCACAUUUCACACAUAUCUUUGCCUUGGUCAGAUAUAACAGCCACAACAAAAGCUACAGGUUGAAGAUUUUCUCCGAAGAGAGCGUUCCACUCUUUGGACCCCCUCUCCCUUCACCACCAGUGUUUACAGACCACCAAGAAUUCAGGGACUUUCUGCUGGUGAAAUUGAUUAAUGGUGAAAAAGCCACCCUGGAGACUCCCACGUUUGCUCAGAAGCGGCAGCGGACACUGGACAUGCUUAUCCGAACACUGUACCAGGACCUCACUCCUGACCUCCACAAGGUGCCCUUCUCUCCUCAGAACAUGUUGAACCGUCGGUCAUUCAGUGACGUCCUUCCUGAGUCACCCCGGUCUGCCCGCAAGAAGGAGGAGGCCAGACAGGCCGAGUUUGUCAGGAUAGGGCAGGCACUCAAGCUGAAGACCAUAGUGCGAGGAGAUGCCCCCACCAGUCUGGUCACAACUGGCACAUGCAGAAAGGAGCCCUGGGAGCCCCAGUCUUUCUGCAGUAGUUUUCCACACGAGAUUGUCUACGGAGAUUCCUGGGGUCAGUCCUUGUUGGUGGCCACGGAGGCUGGGGUCAUGCUGCUGGAGGCUCCUGACCCUGCUCUUCCAAGCUCAGAUAUUCAGACAGUCCCUGUACCAGUGUUUGACAGAACCAUGGCUGUGAAACAGAUGCACAUCCUUGACCCUCAGGACCUCCUGAUCUUAAGAGCUGACAAAGGAAAAGAUGCUCGUCUCUAUGUCUACAGACUGAGCACAAUCAGAACGGGCUUGAAGGAGAAGCACCUCAUCCGCAACAAAUGUGACAGCAGAGACAACAAACUUGAAAAAACUAAAGGCUGUCAUUUGUACGCCAUUAACACUCACCACACGGUGAAGCUGCGCAUUGUGGCAGCAAUUCGUAACAAGCUUCUCCUCAUCACCAGGAAGCAGCUUCGUCAAGAUGACACGAGCAGCGACUCCCCCGUCGAGGAGUUCCAGUACAUCAGGGAGAUCUGUUUAUGUGAUCCUCCUGUUGUCAUGACCCUUGUGGAUGGUCCCACGGGUGACAACGAUAAUAUGAUCUGCGUGGCCUACAAGCAUCAGUUUGACCUCAUUAAUGAGAGCACAGGGGAGGCCUACCGGCUGCACCACGUGGAGGCUAACAGGGUAAACUUUGUGGCAGCCAUAGAUAUGUAUGAGGAUGGGGAAGCUGGCAUUUUGUUGUGUUACAGUUAUAUCUGCUACUAUAAAAAGGUAUGUCCAUUCAAUGGAGUCACACCCAUGAUGCAGUUCACCAGCUCAGACUUCCAUUUCACCUGGAAUCAGGUGCCAAACGCCAUUGUCUGCGCCUUUCCCUACAUCCUGGCUUUCACCACAGACUCCAUCGAGAUCAGGCUGGUGGUGAAUGGGAACCUGGUGUACACCGCAGUGGUGCCACAGCUGCAGCUGGUCUCAUCCAGGUCAGACAUCUACUUUGCGUCCACGGCCCCCGUGAAUGCGAUAUCCAGCAGCAGCUCCAGGGACAACAGCUCACACAGCUCUCCCCAGACACCCACCACUCAGGAAAUGCCAGCCUUUCCCUCACCACUCGGGGAUGAUACUAUUAGGAUCCCCUAUGGAAGCAAGCUUUCCCUGUACAUGUCAAAAGAAGCUGAAGGUGAGGUGCAGGCAAAGCACCUUUUUAAGAUCCCCCUCAGCAACCUUGUGGGACGCAGCAUUGAGCGGCCCCUCAAGUCUCCACUUCUCCACAAGGUGGUGACCACACCUACACUGAGCAUGGUGGCGGCCUCCACACACCUCCCCGUCCAGCACUCCCUUUCCUGUUCUCGCAUGGAAAUCAAGGAGAUUGCCAGCCGUACACGCAAGGAGCUCCUGGGCCUUGCAGAUGAACCAAGCUGUAAGCCAGAAAGCACUGGAAAGCAGAAGAAACCAGCCAAGAAGACAGCAGAAGAGGAGCCAGCCUCAGGCUUCGUGCUGUCCUCCAGUAUUAAGAGGACAGAAUCUGCGUCCUCUGCUCUGGACCUGGAUGCUCUUCUAAAUGAUUCGCUGAUCUCAGAGAUGGAGCUGGAGGCAGCAGUGCGGCAGGAGGACAGCCCCCCACCCACUGGCCCCAUCAUCUUCUCAACACCCUUCAAAGACGAUAUCCUGGACUUGAAAUGAAGACAAUCCACAGAAUGUUUUCUCUCAUUCUUUCAUCAACCUGGCAUCCCCCAGAUGACUCCAUUUCUUGUCCUACUCAUCUUUUAACCAGGCAUCAGCAAACGUGUUUCACUUCUCUGCCAGUUGGGUCAGUUUUGUUGCUGUGUUGUUGCUGGUGUUUUUGGUGCAGGAGUGCGUGCGUGUAGUAUUUUAGAAUGUGGGUUUGAUAAUUAGACUCGCUUGUUGAAUCAUGCAGUUACAGCAUAGACACUUCUACAUAUUGCCUCUUCUACGCUCCCUUUGCUCUUGUGCGUUUUCUGUUGUCAGCCUUGCGUUCCACCUCUGGUUCAGCCCAUACAGAUAGUUGGUGUCUGAGUCACAUUUCCAUAUGGGCUCUUUAACCAUUUGCCGUUGUAAAGCCAGUUUAACACUGGUACCUCCUAACAAUGUACAUUCUCAGAAGCAUACUGGUGCCAUACACACUUCACGACCCCUUUAUUAGGUACACCUGCUUAUUCAUACUGUAAUGAUGUGAAAGAGCACAGAGCCACUCUAGAGAUGAAUCCCAAAAGACUGGGGUUCAUUAAAGUUCUCUACAAGAGGAUGGACCGCUGUCUCAUCUGCAACUAACGACAAUAACAACUCGGACAAGUCUCGCAGACCACGCGCACCCAUGCAGCUUACUCUGCUCCUGUUUUUCGACUCCCUCACACUCACAGACAUGCGCACUCCCACACCUCUCACGUCACAUGCAUUCUUUCAACCACACUCUCGAUAAGGAACACAAUAAAGCACAACUAUAACAUACAACUAUUUACAAUUUAAUAACAAAUAAUACCGCAAGGUAUUACAAUACAUUGAACUCCGGGACAAGCGGUUCAGAAAGCGUGUGUGUGAACUCCAUUCCCCCAAUGUUGAAUCCUCUGUCAGUAAAUUAUUAUGUCAACCAUGUAGACAGGGUCAAAAGAUCCGCUUCCAAUUUAAAUGGAGGUUAAAAUGGACAAGAUGCACUAUCUAUGCAUUUUGGAACAUGACAUGAUCAGAAAAGGACACCUGCUUGGGACACACAACUGCUGUCGGCUCAGAAUAAGAAUAUGAAGCUCCAGUGGAUACCCAGUCAUCAGAACCGAGUAACUGAGAAAUGAUGCCAAGCUCAGAAUUGGAAGUAAACAGCAUGGCUGCAUGGAUCCGCCCUGCCUGCUGUCAGUGGUACAGGCUGGUGAUGGUGGUCUAAUGGUGUUGGCAUGUUUUCUUAAUAUCAGGAUUUGAAUGCUACGUUGUACAGUACCAGUCAAAAGUCUGAGUACAGCCAGGUAACCUGAACCCAAUGACCCAUGAAAAACUACAUUUGACUGGUAUUAUGUGCAAACUUUAUUUCUGAGCAGGUGUCCUCCCUCAUGGCCUCCAAACUCUUUCAAGCAAAUACCUCCGGCAGAAUGAUACGCCAUGUGUCUUCUCACAAUCGUUCCCUGUAAGUGAUUUUACUUUACCUGAUAGAACACCUUAACGGUGAUGAAAUUGGAUAUUCUGAAAAUGAACUGACAUCAGAAAUCAAGAAGUUUCUGCCGAGUCAGCAUGAACUAAGGUUCCUGCAGAACAUUUGUAGUAUUUUAUUGAAUCCUUACCUCAAAUAAUUCAGGUUCUUUAGGGGGCAAAAGUGGGUUCUACCUGGCAUUACAUGAGUGUACCUAAUAAAGUGGCUGGAGGGUAUAGUUACCGCUGUAAUGUUUAAACCUUAAUUUUUCAUGACAUUCUUUAACAAACCUGGCAAGCAUGCUCCUUAAAGCCUAAAGUGAUUGUUUUAUAACCAAUAAUGGAAGGUGAGUAUAGGUUUUUCAGUCAUUUUUAUUAUGGUUAUAGGUGAUGGAGAUGGGCAGCAGGUUCUGUAGUGCUUAGAGCUGCAAGCUUCCACUCAGUGCAGUGAGAUUUUAAUCCCACCUUCUUCUGUAAUUCUCCUGAGCAAGGUAGUGAACUGCGCAAGGAAAUAUCCCUCUGCUGUAUAUAUGGGUAACUUAUUGUGAGCAGCUUAACGGUGAAAGUUGUUUUGGUGAGAAGCAUCAACUAAAUAAAUUUAGUGGAAGAGCAGAUGGAUAUUUAAGCGUGAAUGGAUGUGUGAAUUAAUCAUGCUGAAAUCAGAAGAAGCUUCCAUUCUGACAGGACAGUGGAGAGAAAAUGAUUCACAAAAUGCCAACCUGUCUGUUGCUGAUACCAUGCCGUUUUUCAAGCCAUUUCACAUUUUGGGAAUAACAGGCCUUUCAGUAUCAUUGAAAACAGCUACAAUAAAGACAAAAAAAAAAAAAA